UGCGCUAUCCAGUUUCUGUUUCUCUGUUGCAAACCCACGGCAUGGCCUUCCCGCUAUUUAUAAACCUCCCCACCCUCUCUCACUUCUCCUACUUCCUUCCCUGCUCAUUCCCAUUUUCCCUCAUUUUCUCGCCAUUUUUCUCACCUCCCCGCCACGUUCCAACCACACGCCUCACCAUGCGCCUCAGUUGCAAUGGCUGCCGAGUGCUCCGUAAAGGUUGCACCGCUGAUUGCCCCAUUCGUCCCUGCCUCCUCUGGAUUCCCUCUCCUAAAUCCCAAUCCAACGCCACCCUCUUCCUCGCCAAGUUCUACGGCCGCGCCGGCCUCAUCAACCUCAUCAAUUCCGGAGCCCCCCACCUCCGACCAGCGAUUUUUAAGUCCCUGCUCUACGAAGCCUGUGGGCGGAUUGUGAAUCCUAUUUUCGGCUCAGCUGGGUUACUCUCUUCCGGAAGCUGGCAUCUCUGUCAAGCCGCCGUUGAAGCUGUUCUCAGAGGCGAGCCGAUCACGCAGGUUUCCCCCGAGUCGGCUUUUGAUGGCGUGAGCCCGCUCCUGAAGUCGUGUGAUAUUCGACAUGUGGGUAAAAAGGGAAAUUCUUGCGCUUCUGAUAAGCUCCACAAAGUGAGAAACGGGACCCAAUUUAAACACUCCGGCGCGAAGAAGAAGAAGAAGCCGGAAGUGGAGCCGGUGCGCGAGGAGCUGAUGGUUCAUUCGGGGAGCGAGCUGGAUGGUUCGGGGGUGAGCGAGCACAGAAGUGGAAGUCCUGGUGGUGACGCUGAUAGCAGCACCGUGGAGACGGCGGAGAGAUGGCCCGCAUCGGCGAGGAGCGACGAGCGAAGCGAAGCUGAAGCCGAGGAUGGGGGGUUAGAGCUGGAGCUGACCAUGUGGUGGGGUCAACAAGCUAAGGGGAUUAGGGAUGUCAACGGUUCUGAUGCUAGCACGUAUAAGUUAACGAUGGGCCCUGAUCAUUCUGGUUGAGAAUAUGAUCAGCCGUUGCCAAGUCCGCGUACAAAUGUAGACCGCCAAACAGGCCCCCGGGGAAAAAAAGAAGGAAGGAAAAAAAAAAAAAGAACAACAGAAAUAGGGAUGACACAGAGAAUUCGGAAUAGCGUUUUGUUGUAGAUGAGUUUCAAUUUUCUAUAGAGAUGGAUGGGUAUACAUAUUUUUUUUCCGACUAGAAAUAAAUCAUUUUAUCUCAUCA